AUGGCGAGCGUACUCAGGGCUCGGCCAUCUCUGGCUAUCAUUGACGACUACCUUCGCACCUCAGCGCCGCACUUCGCCCACCUGCCCUCCAAAGCCUUACGCAUAGCCACCUUCACCGACACCAUCGUGCCAACCAACGACGCGGAACAAGCUCGUCUAAUUCAACGCCUCCAGCCCUUCGAAAUCAUUGCCUCCGUCCGCGAACGCACCGCCUUUCCGGGCACUCUUCUCCAUCGCCUCCCCAACCUCAAGCUCCUCCUCGCAACGGGAACCCAAUUCGAACAAUUUAACCUCCCCGCCGCCCGCGAACGCGGCAUCAUCGUCGCUGCCGCUCCCGGCCUAGGCCGCACCGACGGAGUCGGCCCCCGCCGUCCCAACAUCAAGCAAGGCGGCGUCCAUCCCACCACGCAACACACCUGGGCGCUUAUCAUGGCCCUGGCCCGCAACAUCCCCGCCGACGACGCCGCGCUCAAAGCGGGGCACCCAUGGCACACCCGCCUCGCGACCAACCUCACAGGUCUAACCAUCGGCAUCGUGGGAUUAGGCCGUUUGGGCGCCGCCGUCGCCCGCAUCGCGCAGCUCUGCUGGGGCAUGCGCGUGAUUUGCUGGAGCGAGAAUCUCACGCAGGCCAAAGCGGACAAAUGGGCCACGGAUCUAGGACUACCCUUGAAGGACCCGAUUACCGGCGAUCCGACGUUCCAUGCCGUGGAUAAAGCCGAGCUCUUCCGCGCUGCGGAUGUGGUCAGCUUGCACUACGUCCUGAGCGCGCGAUCCCGCGGCAUCGUCGGGGCGGACGAGCUCGCCGCGAUGAAGUCCUCGGCUCUCCUCGUGAACACUGCGCGAGGGCCGCUGGUUGAUGCGAAUGCAUUACAAGCCGCUCUGGAGCGGGGAGCGAUUUCGGGCGCGGCGAUGGAUGUCUUUGAUAUCGAGCCCUUGCCAUUGGACAGUCCGUGGCGAAGGAAGGACUAUUGGGGAGUAGAGGGCCGAUCUCGGCUCAUUGUCACCCCGCAUAUGGGAUAUGCGGAUCAGGUCCUGCUGGAUACGUGGUAUGCGGAGACGGCGGAGAAUGUGGAGAGGUGGCUUGAUGGGAAAGAGAUCCUGCAUCGGCUGGUGUGA